GAGGAAGGCAGUGACCAAGGGGUCCCCCCCGGCUACCAAAAAGCCGAAAAAGGGGGAUGUCGCCGAGAAGGAGCCCUCGGUCAUUAUCGCUGAUGAGCCCCCCGCCUCCGGGGUGCAGGUGGAGAAACUGCCGGGUGGAACGCCGGCGGGGGCAGAGGAGUCGCUGCCUGAGAUCCUCACAGUCGCGUUCCCGAGAGGUACAUCUUUGGCCAGCGGCGCCGUCGACCCGGGGGCCAUCCUGAGGGGUAUGACCCCUGAGACGGAUAGGGCUGCCCUCGGGGCCUAUAAUGAUGCGGCCCUCGAGGACCACAUUCUCCGCUCCUCCCUCUCUGCUUGCUUAGCCCUCGGCGAACAGGCUCGGAGGCUUCAAGAAUGGCUCCUCCACAGAGCGGAGCAAGACGCCAGAAUGAGGGAGUGCCUCCUCAAGAACCAAGAGGCGGUGAAGCUGGGGGCCCAGCUAGAAGAGGAGCUCCGGCAGAUGAGCUUGAAACUGGAGGCUGCAGAGAAAGGCAAGGCUGAUGCUGAGGCCGCUGCCAGGAGAGCUGCUAAAGAGGCCGAGGACUCCAAAGCGCUAGCUGUCGCCAAGGCUCAGGAGGAGGCCGUUGAGGCCUUUGUCGCCGAGGGUUGGAGAGCCGAGGGGCGCAAGAUGUGGGUGUCCUCGGUCGUGGAGGCCUGCGUUGAAGAAUGGGCCGAGGGCCCUGGGUGGGAAUGGAUGGCCCGGAAGGGCAGAGAGUACUAUGAAGCCGGUGAAUUCUUCACCCAGGCCCUCAUCUACCCGAGGAUGGCCCGGCAUUUGGGCAUUGAGCAAAAGGACUUCUCCCCCUCGGCGUAUGGCCUUCCUCCCUUGCAGCCUGAUGUCCGUGAGCCGCUCCUGGAAGGUGUUCAGAGGCCCGACCUUGAGGACACGGUGUUGAAGAAUGAGGCCGAGGACGACGCUGUCGAUACCGGAGCGGAGGCAUCAUCGAGGCCGGCUGUAGAGGGCGCCCCAGUGAACGAUGCUGUCGUAGUUGUGGAAUGACUUUGUACUUAGAAAUCUUUGAACAUCUUUUGUAAUGAACAACAUUGUUCCUUCGGCUUCGGCCCGUUUGUAAAUUCACACUUACUCUUGUUUUUGAUGAAAUGCAUGCUGCCUCCG